AUGGCCGGGGAUACAAUGGAUGCAGGUGGUAUUGUUCUUGUCGGGCGUGAACACUGGGGACUUCAGCCGCCUGCCGAAAACUCUGCCAUGUAUAUAAAUGCUCUGGUGGCAAGCAAGCUUACAACGAUGGACAAUCAUAUUGGAGCCGUCCGGGAUGUGGACAACCUUGCAGGGGGUGGUGAAGUGGAGAUAUGGAGCAAUAGCAACAAGUGGCUCAAAUGCACAAUUCAUUUAGAUAGUACAACAAGCUGCAGGAUCGUGACAAAGGCUUUUCUCCAAGCCGACGGCAGGGGUGGAGGCUUGGAAGUGCAAAAAAGUGAACAUCAAUGUCACAACCCUGACCAUCUUGAACAGAUCGUUCUUCAAGUGUAUGCCCCCAGCGAGGAAAAUGAAAGCUUCAUCGCAUUUUGUGUGGUCCACGAUGAAAGAGCGUACGCGGUGAUGACGGGGACAGAAGCGUGCUUUGCCGAGUACACUGUAGAUGGAAACUUCGCGCCAACGAUAGUGGGAAUGCCCAAAACGAAAGAAGAGAAGGCCAAACAACAAGAGAAGGACGCAGAGCACCUUAGAGAAUGUGCUGCUGCAGAAGCCGCCAGGGUGCGAGCGAUGAUUCAAGCCGCUCACAAUGCAAAUAGCAACAGUUCAACAACCUGA